CAAACCCUAACCACUCACUCGACCUCUCCCCUCCCGCCCGCCGCACUCGCUCUCUUGUUCGUGUCUCGUCUCGGCUUUCGGCUCUCGCUCUAGAUCCAUCGGCCGCCGCUCGCCUCCGACCGUCCCCGGCUCCGGUGACCACGCCGACGCUCCUCCAUCUCCCUCCCUCCUCGAGUCCUCGUCUCGUCCCUCCCUACUCUCCCUUCCUCUACUCUGUCCUCUCUAUCUCCCCGGACUAUGUGAGUUCGUGUUACUGUCCAGUCCCUCCGCCGCUCGCCGUCGAUUCCAGUCUCUAAUCGGUUCUGUCUCGUCUCCUUUGGGUGGCCCUCGUCCGGCACCGGGCUCCGGUAGCGCAGGUCGGUGUCCGAUGCCGAGUCUUCCUCCUCUGGCCUAGACAUGGCUCGGCGCCGGCCCAGUGCUCCGUUGAGGAACGGUGCUGGAAGCGAGGGUCAACCGUCCGGCCCGUCCGCGCUCGGGGUCGCAAUGCCGGGGGUGGAUGAGCAUCCUGGCGACGACCACCUAGCGGACGAGUUGGAAAUGGAGGACGACGACGACGUCCGUGAGGACGCUGCGGCGUUGUUCGGUAUCGAUGUCGGUGACGGCAACGUUCCGAACAACGUUAUUGAUGUCGAUGCAGAGGCCGGUGCCGGCGACGGUGGUGGAGGGGCCGCGAUGGCAGCAGGGUGCGGCUCCACCGACACUCAUGGUACCUCAUCUUCAGGUAAACGCAAAUCCAGUGUCUGGGCUGAUUUCAAGGAGGUCAAGGAAAAUGAUGUGCGAGUUGCUGCUAUCUGUAACAUUUGUAGCAAGAGAUUGUCUGCUAGAUCUUGUUCUGGUACUGGUCAUUUGAUUAGGCACCAGGCUUCCUAUAGGAAAAAGGUUGAUCAUGCUCAUAGGGUCCAGUCUAGGCUUGCUCUGAAUCGUGAUAGUUUCCGCAACUGGGUUUAUGAUCCUGCUGUUGCUCGUACUGAGUUGUGCCGGUUGAUUGCUAGGCUGGACCUUCCAUUAGGCAUAGGUGAGACACAGGCAUGGGAUGAUUACAUUACUCGUGCUCAUAAUCCUCAGUUUGUUAAGGUUUCUAGACAGACCACUACUAGAGAUCUUGGUAAACUCUUUGCUGAUCGACGUGAUGUGCUUAUGAAAUCUGUGUUGCCUGCUGCUUCUUCUGUUUCUUUAACUUCAGACAUUUGGUCUGGCAAUGCUAAGGAGGACUAUGUUAGUGUGGUUGCUCAUUAUGUCAAUUCUGAUUGGGAGUUACAAAAAAGGGUUCUCGGUUUAAGGCUGAUUGAGGUUAAACAUUCUGGUGAAAACAUUGCCGAAAGGAUUGCUAGUGUGGUUGAGGAGUUUGGUUUGGUUGAUAAGAUUUUUGCUGUCACUCUAGACAAUGCUUCUUCUAAUGCUAAGGCUAUGGAGACUUUGGCACCUAUGUUCUUUGGUUACUUGGGUUCUGAUCCUGCACCUAUAGCUUCUGAUCCUAAUAAGCGUAAGUAUUGUCUUGUGCAUCAACGUUGUGUAUGUCAUAUCAUUAAUCUUAUUGUCAAAUCUGGACUGAAAAGGUUGAAACCUGUUACAGAAGAUUUUAGAACUGCAAUUAACUUCUUAAAUUCCUCUAAUCAAAGAAUUGCACUGUUUAAGGAAUAUUGUAAUGCUAAAGGUGUUAGACCUAGAAAGUUUGGCUUGGACAUGGAUGUUAGAUGGAAUUCCACAUACCUGAUGCUUAAAAAUUUGAUGCCAUACAAGGAUAUCUUUUCUGUGUUCAUUAACUCUCAUUAUGGUUCAGAAUUGUUGACUAGAAAUCAUUGGUAUGCUGCUGAAAAGGUAAUGGAAUUUCUGGAACUCUUCUAUGAUUCAACUGUUGUUCUAUCUGGUGUUUAUUAUCCCACAAGUCCACUUGUUUUGCAUCAUAUCUUAGAGAUUGCUUCUCAUUUGCAUGCUGCUGAAAGAGAUCAUAACCUUAGAACUAUUGUUGCUCCAAUGAAGCUUAAAUUUCUUAAAUAUUGGGAGGACAUACCACUGCUUUAUUCAUAUGCAUUCAUACUUGAUCCUAGAGCUAAGAUGAGAGGAUUCUUUAAUGUGCUGGAAUUACUUGCUGAAAGUAUUGGAGGCACUUACAGUUCAUACUAUGCUGAUGUUAAAAUUGAAUUGUAUAAACUUACAGUUCAUACCUGCAUCAAGGAUUGGGAGUUAGGGGCAAGAAGAGAACAGCAUGAAGCCGAGGACACAGAGCUGGAGGAAGCAUUCAAGAACCUCUUUCUUGAUGAUGAAGGAGCUGGUGGUGGUGGGGCUGUGAGCUGAGCUGAGACUCUGAGAGAUGAGUGACUGAGAGGGUUAUUUUGCUGUGAGAUGAGUGAGUAAUCUGUGGACUCACUGUAAUUUUGGGUGGCCAUUUGAACUAUGCCACUGUGGACUGUAAUGAUUAACUUAAUUAAGACUUUGAGAGCUGGCUGCACUCUUUUUUCCUUUCUAAGGUUUCUCACAAGGGUGAGUUUUACCUAGAAAGGUUUUUAAUGAGGCAGCAUUGCACAUCAGCUCCUUUUGAGUUAUCUCUUUGUGUUGCCUUCUCUGUUUCAGUGUUUCUUGAUCUGUUCAUUUGUUAUCUGUUCUUGAACUCUUGGAGUCU